GACACAGCAGCAGCAGCAGCAGCAACAGCAGCAGCAGCAGCAACAUCAACAGCAGCAGCAGCAACACCAGCAACACCAGCAGCAGCCACAGCAGUCCCAGCAGUCCCAGCCACAAGGGCAGUGGAACGCUGGCGCCUUCCAAGCGCCGGCCCAGCCGCAAGCCUACGCACCGCCGGCGGCCGCGGCAGCGCAUCCUUUCAGCUUCGCAGGCAUGGCGACGCCGCCACCCGCGCAAGGUGGCGGGUUCCCGGCCGCGCCGCCGCCGCCACCACCUGGCUGGCCCGGCGCGCAGCAGAAUGCGCAGGGCGCGCAAGCGGCGCAGUUCAGUCCCGCCUUCUUCGCGGCGAUGCUCGCGCAGAUGCAGCGGAGCCAAGGCCAGAAUGGACAGCCGCCGCCACCGCCGCCGCCGCAGUAA